CUCUGUGGCACAGAAUUUACGUUAAGAAUGGCAACACUGUAAUGGACGCAAGAAAAUAAAAAGUUUUCCGUCGAUGAGAUAAAUAUUCGCUGUUUUGUCGUAUUGUAGUGAUUAAAUUAAUGGUUAACGAUGUUGUAAACCAAUAAUUGUUAUAUUAAUACCCGAAGAAGUUUCCACAGAGCAUAGAAAUUCCAUACGUCACAAACAAUUUCGUAAAUAGGUUAGCCAACGCAAAUUAAAAUGGAAGCUUUUGAAGAGCACCCUGUUCAUAUUCCAUCAUUUGAAGGUGUUAAAGAAGGCACUGCCGAGGCUACUGACACCAUUGCACCGGAUAUCAUAGAGGAUUGCCACAAAUCAAAUGGUUUGUCACAGUCGGCAUCAGAAGUUGGUCAAGGGUGUGUGGAGCAUAGUGCCAUUGCGGCAAAUGAACCUAUUAAUGAUUGUGCAGCGGCUAGUGAACCUGAAAACACGAAUCAACCAACGUCGCAAACUGUUGAGUUCAUGGAAAUGCACGACUCUGGAGUAGUUGAAGAGGUAACUCAUCAGGAAGAAGUGUGCCAAACCAAUGAAGUGGCACUGUUUGAGACAUGCAGUGAUAUGACCGGCCCUAAAUUAAUGGAGGUUUCUGAAAUAGAAACUGAAGUUAUUACUGAUAAUCAAUUUGAGAUUCCAUCAGAGAAUCUGGUUUUGCAAACUGAGGUAUCUGUUGAGAAAGAGGAACUUCCAGAAGAAGAAAAUGGCAACAAUGAAAAUGAUAAUGAAAAUAAAACUGAGAGUCAUCUAGAUGACCAGAGUAUUUACUUGAGUGAAGCUCUUAGAACUUCAGAUAAUACUACAGAAAACACAGAGAAUAAUAAUAUGUCAAUGAAGGAAGAAGUUCUGAACAAUGAAGAAUUGCUUGAUAUCCUAGAAGGCAAUGACUUGGACACAACCACUGAAAGUAAUAAUUCAUUGAAAGUUCCUCUUCAUAAAGAAGCUGAGAUGGCAUUGCAACAAUUAUCAAGGCUGAGAGGAAGAACACCAAGCAAGAAUAAAAAAAACAAUUUGAUCAAAUUAAUUUCAGAACCAAAAGGAAAAAUCACAAAAAGUAAAACAAACAAAAAGAAAUUGGAUAAAAAAUUAUCAGAAACUAUUGCAGGUGAAAUUGCAGUCAAUACCCCUGAAACUACAGAUAUCAAAACUAAAAAUGUAAAGAAAAAUGUGGAAAAGAAGUUGUUGGAAGGUAAUGAAAACAGUGAAGUAAUUCUGGAUGAAAAUGUGCAACCAACUGAAGAGAACAUAGUGAAUGCCUUAGUUAAAGAUUGGGAUGAUGAUGAACAUGAUGCUAAUAAAACUAAGGAGCUUUUAGAUGAGACCAACAAUUUAUUAAAGGCUUCAGAGAGCUUAAUUGAAGAACAAAAACAAAAUGAUGAUAAAACAAAUGUUGAUACUAAAACUAGAGACUCCCUUGAUUCUUCACAGGAGGAUCAAUCAAAUCCUAAUAAAUCUUCAGAUGAAGGACAUACACAGAGAAGAGGAAGAAUUAUUAAAAAGAAAGUAAUCUUUGAUCCUGAUAAUCCUGACACAUUCACAAAAGGUAAAGAAAAAACUGCCAUCAAAAGUAAAGAAGCUGCUGUUGAUAAAGAGGUACAACAGUUGGUUGCUAAGAAAUCAACAAAAGUAGAACCUGUAACUCCAAGGGCCACAUCUAAAUCACCAGUUUCUAAAUCACCCUGGAAAAAACCAACACCUAAAAACAGUAAACAACACAAAAGACUAUCAGAAGUGGAUCGACUAUUGAUGGAUGAAGGAGCUGUCAACAUGAUGUACCAACUCACACCUGAAGCUCAGAAAGGAAAGAAAAAUAUAAGAACUAAAGCAGAAUUCAUUAAGAAAAUAAAUCAAAGUUCAACUCCUGAUGGUAAAGAAAUGAAAUUUAGGGAAAGGAAAAAGGAAAAACUUGAAGAAGGAGAAGCUAAGAAAAUUCUGGUUGGAAAGCAAAGACCAUCUGCAACUGGGUCUGUCACUUCUGCAUCAUUGUGUGAAGACUUUGACAGUAGACCUGAUGACUCAAUCAUUUAUCGUCGGCAUUCCUCAAGUUCUUAUUCCAGCACUUGCAUGAGUCCUCGGCGCCUCAGUGAUGUGGAAUCUGGAGCGGUUCAACAAGCUAUUGCACAGGCUAAUUUAGCAACUCCUUCAGAAAACAGUGGGUCUCCUAAUGUGUCCACAGAAAAUGGAUUGCAGCAGGGAGAUGUAUUCAUGGCGACAAUACCAGGAAGUCCAGAAAUUAUUAACAAAAAAGUAUGCAUGUCUUUAAAAGAAAAGUUGAACUCAAAACUGUCAACUGUUUUAAACAAAAGAAAGCGUGAGAGCAAGACUGAUAAGCCAAUAAAGCAAAAGAAGUUAACUUUAAAGAAUGAGGAUAGCCAAGUAGUAGGAGAAAUUAAUUUCAAAACAGUAUCAUUGUCAUUUGAUGGGAAGAUAGCUGAAAUAUGCAUUAGAAAAACAGGGUCUGAAAACAAUGAAUAUGGAACAGAGGCAUUGGAGGAGAUAGAAAAGGCAUUACGUUUAGUGGACGGCAGAAAGGAUACAUUUGUGACUCUGCUCACAUCUGAAGAUGGUACUUUCUGCUCUAGGUUGAACCUGACGCCUCUCCUUGAGCCAAACAUGGAAACAAGAACUAACUAUGCAUUUGACAUAACUGAAUCUGUAAGGUCGGUGCUGAUAGCGAUGGAGCAGCACAGCAAGGUGUUGAUAGGUGGGGUGUCCGGGGCCUGCGAGGGCCUGGCACUGGCCAUGCUGGUGCUGUGUGACCUGGCCUACGCCUCGGAGGACGCCUCCUUCACGCUGUCAGCCAGCAGCACCGCCCCGCUGAUGCCCGGAGUUGCUGUGCUCACGUCCAGCUCGAGACUGUCACAGGCUUUGGUUCGCGACUUGGUGCUGACAGGGCGGCGUCUCUCUGCCCCGGAGGCGGCGUCGCGCGGGCUGCUGGCGCGCGCGCUGUGGCCGCCGCGCUUCACUGAGGAGCUGCGGGCUACAGCUGCACAUGUAGCCGAGCAGGGGCAUACGCUGUUGAUCAAGAAGCAGCUUCUGAAGGCGACCUCCGCUCCCGAGUCCUCGUUCCAGAGCCGCCUGGCCGCCGAGCAGGAUACGGUCGCCGCCUACUGGACCUCCGUGGAGGGGCAGGACACGCUGCAAGCGCACCUCAACAAGUAAUCGACCAA